AAACACUUGCAAUGUCUAUGAAACGAAUUAGCUAAUAACUAAGGGAGAUAAGAAAUUAUAAAAGUUGAAGAAGUAUUGUCUUUGUGUUUAACAGCGUCAGAUCAACGAAUUCAGCAAGCGAAUGUCUUUUUAAAUACGAACCGAAAGGACGAAUAUCAUCCAGACUCCCCAACAAGUUGAGAUCUAUAAUACAAAGCUUAUUAAAUGCCCGCGCAAUCUUUCAAGAUGGCAGAAACUAUUGAUGCAAUGAGUUUAAUUUACAGACCAAGUCACGAUGUUGUGCUACUCUAUGCACAUCCCAGCAUGCAUAAGCUUGCCAGGCGCAUUGCAGAAUGCUGCCAGCUUGUCACAUCUAGGUCAAGGUCAUCAAGUGAUUCCUUCAACCUUUCUUCAUCAUCCUCUUCUUCCUGCAACAUGGCAUUAGAUGAAUCCCUAAUGAAUGAUAUUUUAGGAUUUAACCCUUUAGCUCCUGAUGAUACAAAACCAGAUCCAAGAGAAAAUAAGAUAAUCAAAUUUAAUGUGGAUGGCACAUCUGAUGAAUCAGAUUUACAAGAUGCUCCAUCACCAUAUACAGGUAAGGCCUCAAAGCAGAAAAAGAACUUUGUCCCUGUGAUAGAUGAUACUAAUGAUGAAACUUCAGAUUCUGCGAAACGGCAGUCACCUGUCUUGCCCGAUAUCACAGGUUUUCAAGAGGAAGUCGAUCCUGGACAGUCUGAUCGCAUUAAUGAAGAGUCACGCAUUAAAAGUAAACACAAGAACUCAUCAAACAAUAAGGGUGCUAGAGAGACUUUACCAGAUUCUGCAACCAAACCAGUGGUACAGAAUAACUCAGCAUGCAUGUACCAAGAGAACAAAGAGUUAACUAGGGAUAUUCAGGAUACUAGACCACCCCGCAGGGUGGAAUUUCGAGACACUAUUAAGUGGAAUAAAUUUGCAGAUGGCUAUCCUAACUUAUUUAUUGAAGAUGUGAAAUACAUGGCUGGAAAAGAUGUGAUAUUCAUUGGAAGUUUUCACUCCACCGAAAUAAUCUUUGAGCAACUUUCUGUUUUGUAUGCUUUCCCCAGGUAUCUGUCUAGGUCUUUUCACUUCAUCUUGCCCUACUUUCCAACAGGCACCAUGGAAAGAGUGGACACAGAGGGGCAGAUAGCCACAGCCAAAACCCUGGCCACUCUGUUGUCAUCCAUACCACUUAGUGCUCAAGGACCAGCACAAAUCAUUAUCUAUGACAUUCAUGCACUACAGGAGAGGUUUUAUUUCUCUGAUAAUGUCAUACCAAGGCUCGAGACAGCAAUUCCAUUGUUGCAGAGGGUGCUUAGUGCUCACCGUCACAAAGACAAACUCUCACUGGCCUUCCCAGAUGAUGGUGCAUACAAAAGGUUUCAUUCCUAUUUUCCUGACGAUGAACGUUUGAUAGUCUGCGCCAAGAAGCGUGUCGAAGGAAACAAAAGAAUCGUCACUAUUAAAGAUGGGAAUCCAAAUGGCAGGCAUGUAGUCAUCAUUGAUGAUCUGGUACAGUCAGGGGGCACUUUGAUAGAAUGUGCCAAAGUUCUUAUCAAGCAAGGGGCCAAAUCUGUGAGCGCUUAUGUCACCCACCCAGUGUUUCCCAACCAGUCCUGGAAGAACUUCAUCAAAUGUGAUCCUCCCUUCUCUAACUUCUGGAUCACCAACUCCAUCCCUCAUGCGGAAGAGAUCUGCAAACACAGGCCGUUCACACUUCUGUCUCUGAGUGACAUCAUAGCAGACAAUCUUCUGGGCUUUGACCUCCGACCCCGCUAAUCAACAGUAUCAUAUCAAGCUGUUUUUUUGUAUUAUCUGUGAUUUAGGUUUAUAGAAAAUUUAAAAUUUUCUAAUGCUUAAAACCAAUUUUAUAACACAUAUUUUCCCUGUGAAACUGUAUUGUGUAAUUUUUAAAAUGUGUUGCAACUAUAGCAUGUAGACAGUUUUUUUCUUAUAUUUAUAGGUCAGAGGUUUAACACUUUGUGACAUAUAUAGGUUAGAGCAUUCAUAUUUUGAGCCACUAUACAUUUAUUUUUUGCACAUGUAGAAAAGUAGAAUCUAGACUAAAUCUAAACAAUAUAUCCUUCCAAAAUGUGCCAGUUUCAGUUUAAAAUAUAUAUCGUUUUUUUUUUUUUGUUGUUUUUUUAAACUUGAACUUACUUUUACCUAAAUGAGGAUCUUAAAGUUUAAAAAAAAAUUUCUGUAAAGCAAAAUUUUAACCUCAGAGACAAACAUAAAAACUCAGGACUAGAGUUUCAAGCUUUUUAGAGCAAGACUAGACCAUAGCUUGCCUGAACUAGAUCGAGUAAGAAAAUAAAUUAACAUAACAAGCUAUUAUCACAUAAAAUAGCCUGAACUUGCCAGGGACUUAGUCUGAAAACAAAAACAUAAACAUAUUUUGUUUCUAUUUACGACAAAUUACGAGAUUGAAAGGAAUUAGAUUGUGCUGAUUAGGUUGUAGAAAAUUUUAAAUUGAUUUGAAAAACCCAUUACAUUUGACAAAUUAAUUUUUAACAUGCGUCAAGUUAUGUUAAUUAAAUUUUACUUUGCUUAGAAUCAGACUGAUAGCCAUUGGUGUUCAUGUACAAUUUUGAUAUUGUCAUUAAAACGUCAAAGUUACAUUUUUUUUUUAUUUCAGGACCAAACGCAUUUGAAAGCCUGAGGUUCUCAUCGGGUAGAGAAUCUUAUAGUUGAUAUUGCUCUGUAUCACUUUUUAUUACUUAUAAAGAUUUUGCCUAUGUUUGUAUUACAAGUAAGUAAUUCUAAAUAUUUAGCCCACCAAAAAUAAAAUGAAUUGGACUGUUAUAUAUAAGUAAACCUUUGAUAUUUUAAACAUUAAAUUAGACCAUUCAUUGGGUCAUCUUAUUCAUAGUCAUCUCUUGAGACUACAAUCUUUCUUUUUUUUUUUUUUUUUUUUUUUUGGAUGGUACUACCCAAUUACAGGCACCUCUUUAUUCUUUGACAUUCUUACAACCUGACCAUCCUAGUAUCAUUUAUUUAAAAUUGUGGCACUAUGGAAAGGUUGUAGAGCUGGUAUUGUUCCUUGAUCAUGUGUAUCUGCCUUCUGGUAUCAUCAAACACUGCUCCAUAUAUUUUCUAAAAACUUUCACAGGCUAAAUUAAACUGUCUGAAUCAAGAAAAAUCCACUAGAUUUUGAUAGUCUUUUCAGGACAAAAUGAAAGAAUUUUGUCAUUUACAUUUUUCUAUAAUCAGUUAGUUUGCUUCUCAGUGGAUUGUUCAUCAUAAACUAUUUAAAAAUCUUGUCUUAUAAAUUACAGCUCAAUCUAAAUAUUUACUAGAAUUUACAUUUAAUGUCUAAAUCUUAGGUGGUCUUUUUUCUAUAUUUAAAAAAAUCAUGUUCUUAUUUCAAGAGGAGCAUAUUCUCAAGCCACAAACUAUUCUCAAACCACAAACAUGCUUUGAUCCAUAUUUUUUUUUUCGUGUGUAAAUAUUUUUAGUGUAUUAGUUAGUUCAUAAAUAUUCAAAACAUUCUUUUUAUUUCAGUGACACUGACCAUAAAAUUUCUUUUAACUUUUUUUUUAGUUCAUUGUGUUUUUUUUUUUGAAUCAAUGCAUUAUGUCUGGGGACCAUGUAAUUGAAACACAUCAAAAGUUAAGAGUUUGAAUUAAUGCAUUAUGUCUGGGGACCAUGCAUUAUGCUCUAAACUACUUUCUGUUUCAUCUUGUUUAUGUAUUGAUAGCAGUGUGACCAUAUCUUUAUAUGUGAUAGAAUACAGCUACAACUAUUAACUUCAUUCUACUUGAUGUUAUAAUGUGAGUCUUUGGAACCUGUAGAUUAGACACAUUGUACUUCAUUAUGGCAUCAUCUCAUUCAGUUUUUAUUUAUUAAAAAGCUUAUAUCAAAUCACUCCGUCUGUCUGUCUGUCUGGGCAAAAUCUUGUACACAUUAUUUCUCUCACUUAUCAUUCUCAGAUCAAGUUGAAACAAUUAUUCCUUGUCGCUGACAGCCCAUGAAUUAAAAAAAAAUGUGUUAAUCAAUUAGUUGUAACUAAUUUAUUUAGUUUUAUAUGGAAAAUGAACUAAGCUAAUGGGAGAUAACCCUUGCAAUAAUGAGAGUUAUGGUAGUAAAUGAACUGUGCCCCCCUCCCCCCGAGCGAGAAUGGGACUCCUGUCAAUAUGCAAGAUAGCAGAUGCAUAAAAGUCAUAAGACAAAAGACAAGUAGAGUAACUUACUGUCAGAUAAGUUGAAAGAAAAUGUCUUUGUUGAUGAAGGCCUCUUGGCCCAAACAUCCUGCCUUUUUUCUUUGGUCCAGCAGGAUUUCCUAUUUAUAUAUGUCUAUGGUAUUUUCUAUAAAAUAAGUUUUUGUAGCUCUGCUGCUGCUAAGCACAUAUUGGAAACAGUUCAUUUAAUGUGUCAAUCUUUUAAAGCAGAUGGAAUCCAACAUUUUCCUUGAACAGCUUCCAUAACACACAUUGCUGAUAGGAGAAUAAUUAGCUCUUCUUGAGACUUGAUUGAUACUAUUUAUAUUACAUAACAACUGAACCUUUUUUUUUUUUUUUUUUUUUUUUUUUUUUUUUUUUUGUACAGGUAUCUACUAAACAAUGUUUUAUAAAAUUUAUUUUUAUCUACAAAAGUUAGAAAAAAAGUAUAGUUCCCCAUUCGGUCUUUACGGAAGAUGAUUAAAGGUCAUCUGUUUCUGUGGCACACUGUUUAUGAGGGGGGGGGGGGUCAUGUGGCCAGCACAUUUACUUUUCACCAACUAAUGUCACAUACUACAUAAUGUGGACUCAUAGAUGCCUAAAAGAUCUCGAAAUGAAAAAUUCCAGGUUCGAAAGCCAAGCACUUUACCCCUCAGCCACGAUGCCUCCAAAAAUAAGCUGGAAAAAAAGUUAUUUUGUAGUUUUCAAUAAAACUGUUUAUUGUUAAUAUUUUGUUUUAAACAUGUUGACUUUCUUAUCUAUGUUGCCAUUAAAUAAAUAAUAAAUUAAAAAAAAAAACAUGAAAAAAA